AUGGAAACACUCGAAAAUGGUGGAGGCGAUAAUCAAGAACAUAACAGUGCAGAAGCGUCGGGACGCGAUGACGACAGAAAACUGUUUGUGGGUGGACUGAGCUGGGAAACUACCGACAAGGAGUUACGUGACCACUUCAGUGCUUAUGGCGAAAUAGAGAGCAUUAAUGUCAAGACAGAUCCAAAUACAGGGCGAUCAAGAGGAUUCGCCUUUAUUGUAUUCAAAGCACCAGAUUCAAUCGAUAAAGUUAUGGCUGCCGGUGACCACACAAUCAACAAUAAAAAAGUGGAUCCAAAGAAGGCAAAGGCAAGACAUGGGAAGAUAUUUGUUGGAGGUUUAAGCAGUGAAAUCUCAGAUGAUGAAAUCAAGAACUUCUUCAGUAAUUUCGGGACAAUCAUUGAAGUUGAAAUGCCUUUUGAUAAGACAAAGAACCAAAGGAAGGGAUUCUGUUUCAUCACAUUUGAGUCCGAACAGGUUGUCAAUGAACUGCUUAAGACGCCUAAGCAGACAAUAGGCGGCAAGGAGGUGGACGUGAAGCGGGCGACGCCGAAGCCGGACGGGCCCGGGGGCAUGGGUGUGCGCGGGGGGCGCGGCGGGAGGGGGGCGCGCGGGGGUCGCGGAGGGCGCGGCGGCUACGGCGGCCAGGGCACCUGGGGCAAUCAGGGCUACGGUGGCUACGGCUACGGCCAGGGGGGCUACGGCGGCGGCUAUGACGGAUACGGUUAUGGCGGCUACGGUUACGACGGCUACGGCGGAUAUGGCGGAUACGAUUACUCCGGCUACCCCAAUUACGACUACGGCGGGUAUGGAGGGUACGAGGGCGGCUACGGCGCGCGCGCUGCUCCACGCGGGAAAGGUACUGCCGUCCUCUACCCACCCCACUUAUCAUCUCAGUCCAAUAGUAAGGUUAAGCGAGCGGUCAUGAGCGUCCCCGCGCCCGCGCUGCGGCGGCGCCGCGCGGGGGCGCUUCAUCCAUUCCACACU